AUGAGCUCCGUUCGUGACAGACUCCGUUCAGGGGGGAUUUUCUGCGACGCGGUCCUCAGAGUCCAGGAUGCUGAAUUUCCAGUUCACAAGGUCAUCAUGUGUAGCUGCUCUGAAUACUUCAGAUCUCUUUUCAUCCAGUGGUCAAAGGCAGACCAGAGGGUCUAUGAUAUAACCGGCACAACUCCUGCGGUUAUGGAGGCCAUCAUUAAGUUCUCAUACACAGGCUCUGUUCCUGUGAGCGCAGGCAAUGUGAAGGACCUGAUAAUCAAGGCUGUGGAGUUCAACAUAACCCACAUCAUACAGGCCUGCAGCCGCUUCCUGGAGGAGCGUCUCGGCCCAGACACCUGCAUCAGGAUGUGGCAUUUCUCAAAAACCUACUAUUGCACCGAACUGUGUUUUAAGGCCUACUGCUACAUCGUGGAUCACUUCCAGGACGUGGUUUCCUCGGAGGAGUUCCUGCAGCUCACGGCUCUGGAACUCGGUGAUUUAAUCGGCAGAGAUGACCUGAAUGUAAGCAGAGAGAGCACGGUGUAUGAGGGCAUCAUGAAGUGGAUCCGAAGCUUGCUGAUGCAGCGAGGAAGACACCUCCACAGCCUGAUGUCAAAGAUUCGUCUGGGUCUGAUGAGCACCGAAUACAUGGCGAUGAACAUGCUGUCCAACGAGUUGGUGGCGAACGACUCCCAGUGCCUGGCGUUGCUCAGAAAGGCCUCCUGGGUGCAGCAGUACCUCCAGACUCACCAGGCUGACGUUGGUUUCCGCAACCGUCUGGCUCGGCCGCGCCUGCCCGCCGUCAUCCUGCUGGCCGCCGGAGGCUGGAGCAGAACAGGUCCCACCAACAGCAUGGAAGCGUACGACUACCAGGUGGACCGCUGGGUGGACGUGACAGACAGUGCUGAGCACCCCCGUGCUUACCACGGCACCGCCUUCCUCCAUGGAUUCCUCUACUACAUUGGCGGCUUCGACGGAGCGCAGUACUUCAGCAGCGUGCGCAGGUUUGACCCCGUCACGUACGUCUGGCAAGAGAUGGCGCCGAUGUAUUCGCGCCGCUGCUACGUCAGCGUGGCCGUGCUGAACGGGCUCAUCUACACCCUGGGGGGCCACAACGGCCGCGAACGUCUCAGCUCUGCCGAGUACUACCAGCCCCAGUCCAACCAGUGGAACCGCAUCGCGCCCAUGCACGAAUGCAGGAGCGACGCCAACUGCGCCGUCCUCCACCAGAAGAUUUAUAUUUGUGGAGGAUUCAACGGGUCCGACUGCCUGCAGACGGCUGAGUACUACAACCCGCAGACCGACCAGUGGACCAGGAUUCCAGACAUGAGCAGUCGCCGCAGUGGAGUUGGCGUCGUGACUUGGGGAAACCUCAUCUAUGCAGUGGGUGGCUGCGAUGGCGACAACCGUCUGAGAAGCGUGGAUGUCUACAAUCCAGAGACCCACAGCUGGAGCGCCAUUCCCCCCAUGAGAACCGGCCGCAGCAACUUUGGCAUCGCCGUACUCGACAAUCGCAUCUUUGCUGUUGGGGGCUACGGCAGCGACGGCGUCACCAGCGCCGUGGAAAGCUACGAUCGCACGCUGAACCAGUGGUCUGAGGCCCGCGACCUGCUGUUCCCUCGCAGCGCGCUGAGCUGCUGCGUGGUGGACGGAUUCCCCAACAUGCACCAGUACAUCUUAGAUCGGGACAGCCUGCCGCUUUGUCCACUGGGCGAGGACGAGGAGGAGGAGGAGGAGGAGGAGGAGGAGGACAAACCUGACGACAAACCUGACGCUUCUGGUUCCAUUUAG